AAAGGUAAUUGAAACCAACCCUAAGCUCCUUGUUUCUCUGCCCUAAAGGUAGCUCCGAUUAUUGCUGACUUAAGCAUUGGAGUGUCUACCCCGAGGAUCUACCUCGGGGCUUUGCAGGUGAAUCCAGAGCGCAAGUACGGACUGUAGAAGGACUUCUGGUUUGGUGCAGUUACAUUUUGGCGCCGUCUGUGGGAAACUGAACUAAAGGCUACCUUGUUGCUCUUAUCAUGGUUAAAACUAGGUCAGCCCGAGGUGGAAACUCGCCUCAGCCUCUUGGACGAGGUCAGGUCCCCAGUAACCUUCCACCUCAUCCCCCACCCCCAAUCCCGAAUGCAUUCCCUCAUGUUGACCAUACAGAAGGAGGGGAUGAAAAUCAGCCACACAAUUCGGCUCGCAACUCAACCUCUACCACUAACCAAGACGUAGUUGCAACUCAGCUCGCUGCCAUGCAACAGCAGUUUGGUGUCUUUCAGCUAGUGCUGGCUCAGCUAUUAGCCCGGAACAAUCCUGGUGAUCCACUCAUCAACCUACUUAAUCCUGCCCCACCACAACCCCCAACCCCACCACAAAAUCCUAAACCAGUUCAACAUGCUCCCGCUGUUAGUGAAUCUCAGGGCCAAUCUCACAUUGCACCAGCUCAGCAACCCCCUCAUGAUGAUGUCACUCGACGUCUAGAUAGCUUAGAAAAGCUAGUGAUUGAACAGCGAGGUGUCCCACCUCCACACCCUGCUACUGAUUCUGUACCCCACCCUCUCAACACCAAUAUUAUACUGGAACCCUAUCCCGUUGGCUUUAGAAUACCACAGCUUGAAACUUAUGAUGGGACGAAGGACCCCGAUGAUCAUCUACAUGCUUUCUACUCUUGCAUGCAGGCCCAGAACGCCUCUGAUGCUCUACCCUCGAGGUCAAUCAACUCUUACACAGAACUGGCAUCUGCUUUUGCCACAAAGUUUUCCAGUAGAAGGUUGAUCAGGAAAACCACUUCUGAGCUAAUGCAGGUUAAGCAGAGGGAUGGAGAGUCUUUGAAGAAUUUUAUGAGCAGAUUCAAUGAUGUAGUGCUGGAGGUUAACUCUUUCGACCAAGCUGUGGGAAUUACAACCGUGAUCUCAGGUCUUAGCCAUGAGAGAUUCCGAGAUAGUUUGCUCAAACAUCCUGCCAACACCUUCAGCGAGGUAAAUGAUAGAUCAUUGAAAUUCAUAACUGCUGAGGAAUAUGCCCUGUCACAGAACAUAACUCCUAUUAAGAACCAACACCCGGACUGGAGAGAUGAGAAUCUGAACAGGAAGCAGAUGAAGACAACACAGAACCGAGGUCCGAUGUCGGCUUCCACCUCGAGAUUCGGAAGGCCGAACUCAACACCUCCGCAACAACCUGCAGUCGUCACACCUCACAAUGACCCCCUAGUCACUUCUGUCACGAUCAAUAAUUGUGAGAUGCAGCGCGUCCUUGUUGACACAGGGAGUGCACUAGACAUCAUGUACUUCCAUUGUUUCGAAAGUCUCGGGUUGGAUCCGGCUUUGUUGCAGUGGUAUGAUGGUCCCAUCUACGGAUUCAACAACCAGCCAGUCCCAGUUGAAGGAGUCCUCACCAUGAAUGUUGCAUUUGGAAGUGGCCAGAGUUAUGUGACCCCUUCAGUUAGGUUUCUAGUAGUCAAGAUGGCGUCCUCAAUCAAUGUCGUCAUUGGUCGACUCACACUGACUGAAAUCCGAGCUGUGGUUUCCCAAUCUCACCUAUGCAUGAAGUUCCCAACUCCUACGGGAAUAGCAACGCUGCGAGGGAACCAGGAGGUGACUCGACAUUGCUAUAUCACCUCGGUAACACAACCUCAGAAAGGUAAGGCUCAGACACCCGAAAUCAAUCCCAAACGGAUUCCUGAUGAUCGGCAAGUUAUGGGUGUUGAGAUAGUAGAUAACCGACCAGAAGAUGAAACCAGAGCUGCCCCAGUUGAAGAUGUGGAGGAGGUACAGAUUGAUAACAGAGAUCCGAGCCGAAAAACCACCAAUUCCCUCAGAAAACCAGUAGCCCAGAAGCGGUGCCUCUUUGGGAGAGAGAGGUUACAGGUCAUUAAAGAAGAAGUUGAGAAACUCCUACAAGCUAGUUUUGUCAGAAGGGUCGAUUACUGUGAGUGGGUCGCCAAUUUGGUGUUGGUGAAAAAAGCGAACGGUAAAUGGCGGAUGUGCAUUGAUUACACUAACCUCAACGAUGCAUGUCCAAAGGACUGUUAUCCAAUGCCAAACAUUGAUAAGCUGGUUGAGGCAGCUUCGGGAAAUGAGAGAUUAAGUUUCUUAGAUGCAUACUCAGGCUACCACCAGAACGCAGGUGCCACUUACCAGAAGAUGGUUACCAUCGUAUUCCGAGCUCAGAUAGGACGAAAUCUGGAAGUUUAUGUUGAUGAUAUAGUGAGAGGGAUUGAGGUCAACCCAGAGAAGAUCAAAGCAAUUGCCGAAAUGGAACCGCUGAAGUCAGUGAAGGAUAUACAGAGGUUGAUUGGAAGGGUAGCAGCUCUUCAUCGGUUCAUAUUGAAGUCAGCAGAUAAGUGCCUAUUGUUUUUCAAGAUUAUGAGGUCAGCUGCCCAGAAGGACGAAUCAGACGAAGCCAUUAGUUCGGUUCUGGUAAGAGAAGAAGCCAAGCAGCAAAAACCAAUAUAUUAUAUCAGUAGUGUGCUGCAUGGAGCCGAGCUGAGGUAUCCUAUAGCUGAGAAAGUAGCCUUAGCAGUUGUCACUUCGGCCAGAAAGUUGAGGCCAUAUUUCCAGUCGCACCCGAUCAUUAUUCUUACAGACCAACCCCUUCGUAGUAAAGGUUCAGGAGCUGGUGCUCUCUUGAUUGGCCAAGAUGGAUACCGAAGUGAACAUGCUUUGAAAUUUAACUUCGAUGCAACAAACAACAUGGCUGAGUAUGAAGCCCUGCUACUUGGUCUGCAGCUAGCAUUGGAAUUAAAACUCAGUGCGAUCCAAGUAUAUAGUGACUCCCAGCUGGUGGUGAACCAAAUUAACUCAAUCUGCGAAGUUGUUGAUCCUGUGAUGGUGAAAUAUGUAGCUCUAGUGACCGAGCUAAAGUGCAGGUUCCAGAAAUUCUGUCUGAGCAAAAUCCCUCGAACUAAGAAUGAAUUGGCAGAUUCACUCUCUAAAUUCGCCUCUGAUAGUUCUUCACGUUCUAGAUCAGUUUUUGUGGAGGUCUUAGAUGAACCAAGCUUCAUGAAGCCACGGGUGAUGGAGAUCAGCACCGACCCAGGCACACCGAGCUGGACUGACCCAAUCCUCUCCUUCUUACGAGACGGGAUAGUACCUGAGGACAGGCAGGAGGCAAUGAAGUUGAGGAGGAAAGCAUCCCGGGAGGUGCAUGAAGGUGUCUGCGGAAGUCACAUGGGUGCUCGAACUUUGGCUCAUAAAGUCCUUAGACAGGGUUAUUAUCGGCCCAACAUGUACAAGGAUGCCAUUCACUUUGUUCAGAGAUGCUUGAAAUGCCAUUUCUUUGCACACCUGACUCACCAGCCUGCAGAAGAGCUCACUACUCUGGUAGCACCAUGGCCAUUUGCUCAGUGGGGAUUGGAUCUUUUGGGCCCCUUCGUGAAGGGGGUUGGUGGUGUAACCCACCUGAUUCUCGGUGUAGAUUAUUUCACAAAGUGGGUUGAAGCUCGGCCGUUAUCUAGUCUUACUUCCAAGAAGGUUGAAGACUUUGUUUUCAGCUCAAUCAUCUGUAGAUAUGGGAUCUCGAAUCAGAUUGUGACUGAUAAUGGAACUCAAGAGGAAGCACGACUUCGCACUCUAGUCUACAAGCAGAAAAUAGCAAACUUCUACAACAAACGAGUUCGACCCCGAACAUUCAAAGUAGGAGACCUUGUCCUCAAGAAAGCUGGUCUGACGGGGUUCGAAACUCGAUUCGGCAAGUUGGCACCAAACUGGGAAGGCCCCUACACUAUUGCUGAAGUGCCGCACCUAGGUGCUUAUGUCCUACGGGACACUGAAGGCAAACAGGUUCCCAGGGUCUGGAAUGUCAAUAAUUUGAAGAAAUUCUACCCUUAGCACGCUUCUUUCCAGUGAACUUCGUCUUAUUUUCAUAAGCAUCGUCAUUUUUUGCUCACUAUGUAUUCAAGCUCAAUUUACUUAUCUCAUUAAUAAAUUUCACUUCACGAU